UGUCAGUUUGAAAGCACAAGGAACCUACUGUAGUCGGCGUUCAUUCUGUUAAACAUCGUCUUUGAUUGUCGAUUAGUCAAAAUCGAUUUACAAACCCCUAUUCGCUAAGGCAAAUUAUUUAAGAGGACUGUGGACCAAACAUGUUUGUCCGUCAAUCUCUGCGAAAAUUCCCCCAAUUGGCACAACGGAAUUCGGCCACAGCAGCUGCUGCCGCAAGUGAAACGGCACGCGAGUCUUUGGUGCCGACUGAUUACCGCACCAAUGAAACGAAUACCAAAGCCCACAGUAAGGUGCAUGAGGCCAAAUUCUACAGCAUACCCAUGGAAACUAAGAAACAAUUAUUCGGUGGCGGUGGGUUUCCCAAACAAUUCGAUCAGCAAGUUAAAACAUUUACGGAAACAUGUUUAAUGGUGAGACAGCCAGCCCUUGAGAUCAUUGAUUACAUUAGGAACACCGAUUUUACUAAACCCGCCGUUCGCUAUGUUCUGUAUGGUGAGAAUGGUGUCGGCAAGUCGCUGAGUUUGGCCCACAUUGUUCAUUAUGGUCAUCAAAAUGAUUUCCUGCUGGUCCAUAUUCCAUGGGUUGCCAAUUGGAUGAAGCGACCCAAGGAGACCACUAAUGCCGAACAACAAGAAGGUUUCAUUGACCUGCCCUUCGAUGCAGCAGCGUGGUUACUGCAUUUCAAAAGUCAAAAUGCCAAAUUGCUGUCGACAUUAGACUUGAAAACUUCCAAGGAAUAUGUGUGGUCAAAGCGUGAAUCCACACCAGCUGGUAGCACUCUGGCUGAACUCGUCGAACAUGGCAUUCAACGUAUUAAAUUCGCUUCCGAAACCAUUGCUGCUUUGCUAAAUGAAAUCAAACAACACUCGACUGCGGGUAGAUGUAAAACUUUGGUGGCAAUUGAUGGUUUUAAUGCCUUCUUCCAUCCGGAAACCCGUAUCCUAACCGAUAAUAAACAAAUGGUUACUCCAGAUCGUAUAACACUUACCAAACCCUUUUUGGACAUAACCAACUAUGAUUGGACAAAUGGUGUAUGCGUUUUGACGGUGGAUAAAAUUGCCAUGACCGAGGGUUAUAUGGACUCAUAUAUGCCACGUUAUUUGUUGGGCACCCAAGGUUUUGAGCAUUUAGAUCCAUUCGUCCCAGUCCAUGUGGACAAUUACAGCGACAAGGAAUUCCAUAGUUGUAUACAAUACUAUUUGGAUCGCCAUUGGAUACAAAAGACACCCGAAGGUUUUGAAGAUCAAUUGAAAUAUUUGAGCAAUAAAAAUCCGUAUGGUUUGAUGCGUCUAACGCGAUCAUUGUAGAUGAUAAAUAUUUUAGUUGUUUAUAAAAAAAAUAAAAAGAAAUGAAGGCAUGUUUUAGUUGUUGCGAAACGUAUUUGUUAAAAAUAAAUUAAAUAAAGUUUUAAAUUUAAAGCUUUAAA